AUGGAAAUUGGAGCAAGAAAUACCCCUCAGUCUGGGGAGAUUUCUGACUUGGACCAGCAGGUGUGGAUCCUUCGUGGUCAAAGCCUUGUGACAGUUCCACGGAGUAGCAAUAUAACCCCAGUCACCAUCGCUGUCCUUCCAUGCAAGUAUCCAGAGUCUCUUGAGCAGGACAAAGGGAUUCCCAUUUACAUGGGAAUCCAGAAUCCAGACAAGUGCAUGCUCUGUGAGGAAGUUGAUGGACAGCCCACUUUGCAGCUCAAGGAGGAGAAUAUUUUGGAUUUGUACAACCACCCUGAGCCCAAGAGGCCCUUCCUGUUUUACCACACCCAGACUGGUAGAACGUCUACCUUUGAGUCGGUGGCUUUCCCUGGCAGCUUCAUCGCCUCCUCCAAGAAUGGCCAGCCCAUCUUCCUCACGUCGGAACAGGGGAAAUACUAUAACAUUAACUUCAAUUUACAAAUAGGGCCUUGAACUCAGCAUAUUGGUAGAGGGUUGGUUAGAAGUCUUUGUCUUAAAAUUUUUGUUUGAUCUGUGGGGUUUUCAUACUGAGAGGUGAGCAACACCAACAUUAUCUCUUUUCAUAGAUGAAUGGGCAAUAAAGCAAAAUGUGUGCUCCAAAGUAGGUGGGAUGGGAGUGGUAUAAGGCUGUCCUCUAAGGCUGUAAUGGUCCAGGCCACGUGGCAUCAUGCCUGAGAAACAGGAUGCUGUGCCACAGUGUGUAAAACCUGGCACGCCCUGUGAGUGGUGACAUCUUUGUUUCACAGCCAUUGGCUUAACUCAUACCAGGUUUUAUACACUUGUAGUAUCAAAUCAUUGCAUUUGGAUAGCAGAGGCUUCACGAUAACAUUCACCGCAAUAGCAAAUUGUGUUGAUGCUUUAGCAGCUGACUGUUGUAUGGAGUUGGAUACACCAGGAAAGGACUUAGGUUUUAACAGUUUAAAUGAACAGUUUUAAGAGUGACUAGAGCUGUGCAAACUAUGUUGGAGUACAGUGACUUCUCCUUCAAGAGUAAGGAUGCUUUCUGGUGACUUGAUCUAGAAUAGCUAGAUCAAUUAACUCAGCUUGAGCAACCUUUUCCUGAAUCAUCCCAGUAGAGAUGAACACUGAGAACAAUGUGUAUUAGUCAGAGUGCACACCAAUAAAACAUUAGCUUUUAUUUUAUUUUAGACUUCCAUAAAUGUUUUAAUAUUCUUUCCAUUAUAACGAACAUCUGUAGUUUAAAGCACUAGUAUCUCACCAUAGUCCUGUCUCUCCAAGGCACUUCCUCUUUUUCAGUUCUUUUUCCUCCUGUAGCUCAUUUCCAUGCACCCAGACACAUAUGGGAGUAGGUGCUGAGUCAUGCAGAGUGGUACCUACCCACAGUGAGACUAGGAAAGCCUGAAACACAGUAGCCCAGAAUGACCUUUUUG